GCAAAACAAACCGGCGUGGCCACGCCCAGCGUCCUCACGUGACCGCGGGAGCGCCGGUUCCGGCAGAGGCGGAGGAUCCUUUCUGUGGGGAAGCAGCAGAUCCUAGUGAUACCUCUCACCUGGCGCUCUCUCCAUCCUUGGCGCGAUAACCAUGGCCGCAGGCUGCGAGGGGACCGCGCCCCGGACCCUGGACGAGGGAACUGUAGAGGAGGAAGGUGAACCUGUCAAACCUUUUACGCCAGAGAAAGCAAAAGAGAUUAUAAUGUCUCUACAGCAGCCUGCAAUCUUCUGUAACAUGGUUUUUGAUUGGCCAUCACGACACUGGACUGCGAAACACCUUUCUGAGGUCUUGGAGGGCAAGCAGAUCCGGUUCAGAAUGGGCCGGAGAGGCACAGGCACAGUGCCUCAGUUUGAAACCGAAUGUAGUUACGUGGAUGCUACACUUGAGGAGUUUUUGACCUGGAACUGUGACCAGUCUCGUAACUCUGGACCGUUUAAAGAUUAUGAUCAUUCCAAAUUCUGGGCUUAUGCUGACUAUAAAUAUUUUGUCACUCUAUUUGAGGACAAGACGGAUGUUUUCCAGGAGGUGGUGUGGUCUGACUUUGGGUUUCCUGGAAGAAAUGGACAAGAAAGUACAUUGUGGAUCGGAUCCCUUGGAGCCCACACUCCCUGCCAUCUGGACUCCUAUGGUUGCAACUUAGUAUUCCAGGUACAAGGAAGGAAAAGAUGGCAUCUCUUUCCUCCUGAAGAUACGCCUUUCCUUUAUCCAACCAGAAUUCCUUACGAAGAGUCUAGCGUGUUCAGUAAAAUCAAUGUUGUCAACCCUGAUUUAAAGCGUUUCCCUCAGUUCCAGAAAGCUCGAAGACAUAUGGUCACACUGAGCCCAGGACAGGUUCUCUUUGUUCCCAGACACUGGUGGCAUUACGUGGAGUCUCUUGAUCCUGUCACCGUCAGUAUAAACUCCUGGAUUGAGCUGGAAGAAGACCACCUAGCCCGGGUGGAGGAGGCAGUCACCCGCAUGCUCGUGUGUACACUGAAGACUGCAGAGGACCCACACCACCCUAAGACCUGGCUGAACCCCACUGAGGUCGAGGAAACGUCUCAUGAAGUCAACAGCUGCUACUUGAACAGUGCUGUUUGUGCCUUUUUUGAUCAUUGUGAAAAAGCUAAAGAAGUAGAGGUGCAAGCGCUGAGAGCAAACAGGGAAGAACCAAGUGUGCAGGAGGAGCACAUGGAAGUGGAGCAGGCCCACGGCCCAAGCCUCACAGCGGAGGCUGGGAAACAGGAGGCUGCAAGCCUGUUUGGCCCAGAUCUGGUCCCUGUGACACCAACAUCUGAAGAAGAGAGGGGAGGCACCCUGGAAGGCGACAGCAAAGAAUGUAUCAACAGCAAUGAAGAACACUUUACAGACCUGUCCUGUGCCGGAAGGCAGCAACCCAGCAAAGGGGCAAGCGCAAUGGCGGAGCCAUCAGACCUGAGGUAUCCUGUGGCGCCUUCUAGAAUCUUCGUGUCCACAGAUGACUUGCUGGACUGCCUAGUCAAUCCACAAGUAACUAGGAUGGUGGCCCAGCUCUUGAUACAAGGAAAAAGCUUGUGAUACUUUUUAAUAAUUUUUUAAUUACUUUUUAAUAACUUUUUAAAAUAUAUUUUUAGAAAUACA